AUGAACCGUGACUUCGUUUACAAUCGGGACAGACCCUCAUCCUGGUCUAGAGCUGGUAGUACAUUGAAUAAGUGGUUGUGGGGAGCCCUGUGUUGUGGAGUCCCGGGAAUCCCUUGUUUCUUUUGCAGCUGUUGUGAGAAGAAUGAAGACCGGGAUAGACCAAGAGUUAACCAAGCAACAGCGACCGCAGAACGUAUGGCUCGACCACACAGACCCCAUGCGCCUCGAGGAAGAAAGUCGACACCAGAAAUGCUAUCAGCGGUUCGAUGCGCUCUGUCACAAUUGCAAGGCGACACAGUUCCAGUACCAACUGGUACAAACUCUUCACAUACUUCGGAACCUGGC